UACUCCUCCAGAUGUUCCCUUCUACUCCUCCAGAUGUUCCCCUCUACUCCCCCCAAUGUUCCCUCUACUCCUCCAGAUGUUCCCUCUACUCCUCCAGAGGUUCCCCUCUACUCCUCCAGAGCUUCAGAUGAAUAAAGAACCUUCGGUCAGUGCGGCUUCUUUAGUGUCGCUGCUUGGAGACUUUAAUAGGAAAUACAUUGGACAAUAUCAAAGAAGGGGCCGUCAACAUCAAAGGCAGCAGCCCGGGCCGGAAAACAUAUGUUCCAGAAUUCCGCUGGCUUCCCAACAGAAUCGUCUGUCGACGGAGUUAUCACAGCACUGACUUGAAAAGCAGUUUGAGCACAAUGUAUCGUUACGAUCUGAAUCCGGUCGACAGCAGCGCCAGCGCUAACAUCGUGGAGCAGAGUGUUUUUGGCCAGGCCCACGCUCGGCCCUCAGGAAACUGGCCGGUCAUGUCGUCUUCACCUGAGAACCAGGCCGCCUGCAACACCUGGGGACCUCCACUUGGGAUCAAGACGGACCAACACAAGGCCAACCAGAGCCUGGCUGGAAGCCCUGACCAGAACAACAACAGCGAGCCAGUGACGAUGGCGGCGGCGGAGGCAGGCCAGGGACCUGCGGACAGAGUGACCCGUCUUGCCGCUGCGCCCUUGAGCACUUCUGUGGUCCCGCCGAAGACCAGACUGAGGAGGCAGACGGUGGCGAGCCCAGACCCGGGGCAGCAGGAAGACCAGCGUCCCUACAUCAAGAAGCCGCAGAACGCCUUCAUGCUCUUCCUGGAGGAGAAGCGGCCGGGGGUCAUGCAGGAGCACAACAUCCGCAACAGCGCGCUGGUCAACAAGGUCAUGGGUCAGAUGUGGAACUCGCUGUCCAGCGAAGAGCAGGCCACCUACUACGAGCGGGCCAGCGACACCAGGCGCCAGCACCGGGAGCAGCACCCCAACUGGUCCUACAGGGACAACUACAGGAGGAAGUACAAGCAGAGGAGGAAGGGUCCCCGGAGAGCCGCCUCAGCCACGGAGGCGGAGCCAGACCAGGAGCGCACCCUGUUGCAGGACCUGGAUGAGACCGGCGGGAGUCCAGAACACUCCUCUAGAGAAGAGGACCACUGCGCCGCCGCCACGAUGACGUCCAGUCAGGUGCCGCGGGCCGACACCGCCGGAGGCCACCGGGCCACGCAGUGACGACGUCGUGCCGCCGUCUGGUGGCGCUGUGCUCAUCUGCAGGCCGAGGAUCAGGCGUCCAGCAGCACAACUCUGUCCCUCAUUUCAGAACAGACUCGACACUUCUGUCUUCUCUCCAAACUGCGCGACCUUUGACACAGUUUCCUGAGCUGGAACCUCGUCACCACCAGACACACUCACCACCUGAUUAAAAACACAGAAAAACCCAAACCACUGCUGUCGCACGUGUGGCUCCCGGGCGCUCGAGGGACACGGUCCGGACCGACGCCUCACCGCCAGCGAUGGCUGGGUCCACCAGGACCUGAGCUUAUACAGGACCGCACCUCUCUUGGAACUCCGAUUUAGCCUGAUGUUGAGAGAGGAGUCACAGCAGGUGUCGAGGGACAGGGGAGUCACAGCAGGUGUCGAGAGAGAAGUCGCAGCAGGUGUCGAGGGACAGGGGAGUCACAGCAGGUGUCGAGAGAGGAGUCGCAGCAGGUGUCGAGAGACAGGGGAGUCACAGCAGGUGUCGAGAGAGAAGUCGCAGCAGGUGUCGAGGGACAGGGGAGUCACAGCAGGUGCCGAGGGACAGGGGAGUCACAGCAGGUGUCGAGAGAGAAGUCGCAGC